UUGCCGUAGUCUCCAGAUACAGAAUACAAAGAGAAAGAGAGCUCCCCUCACUUCUGCGUCUUCGUCGUCGUCAACCAGAUCGUCGCAACAAAUCCCAGCCUCACAUCAUGAUCGACGAUCAGGACCUCGGCUUCUUUGCCAAUUUCCUUGGAGUGUUCAUUUUCGUACUGGUGAUAGCAUAUCAUUACGUGGUGGCUGACCCGAAAUAUGAAGGCAACUAACUAAGGUUUUCUGUCUGUUUUUUUGAUGUGUUUGCAAUAGAGAUGUGUUGUUCUAGUUUUGUAGACUUUGAGCCGUUUCACAAAAUGGGCGAAACUUGAUGUAACCAAAAUGUUCGCUUUGCUACAUUGAAUGUCACUUUUCUGCAUUAUUUUCAUGAAAACUUAAUCCAUCCAGUAAUAGAUUCUUGCUUUGCAUGCA